GUGGGCGGGGGUCAGUGUGCUCGGCCGCGGCCACUCUGAGGCUCACUCGCGGCGGUCCCCCUCCCCGGAGACGCCGACGCACCCAGGGACGCUUUUGAAUGAAGCGGCGGAAGUGGAGAACAGGACAUUUUUCACGACAUGGACCCCGGCCGCCACAGCGAGGCGAUGGAGCGACUGGUCAGCGAACUGGCGGCCCUGCUGAAGAUGCUGGACGACGAACGGGUCAGCGCUGCCACCGCCCACAAGAUGGCGUCGGUGCGGAGCAUCCUGGACACAAUGCAGGUGUCAGGCGGAUGCCCAGACGUGUACGUGAACAGCCGUUUCUACGGCAACGGCACCAGUUUUGUGGAGUCUCUGUUCGACCACUUUGAUUGCGAUCUCCACGCGCUCAGUACCUCUCCCGUCCAGCAGAGGGAGGAAGCAGAGGAGACGCCGGCCGCCAAGUCUUCUUCCACGGGUUCGCCAGCGGAUACGCCGCCUCCUCUGCCUGCCGCGCCCCUCCCGGAGGACUACUACGAGGAGGCCGUCCCGAUGGACCCGGGCUCCGCCCCCCAGUACUGCCCCGCCGACAUGGAUGCAGCUUGCAGGAACUCUGAGGAAGACGCCUACUACGAAGAUGCAGAUGAAAACUACCCCACCACCAGGAUCAACGGGCCUCCCAAAAACUCCUAUAACGACUCGGAUGCAGUGAGCAGCUCCUACGAGUCGUACGAGGAAGAGGACGAAGAGGCCAAAGCGCAGAGUCCCCCGCAGAAGUGGACCGACGCCGACGGGAGUCCCGGCGCCCCGGUCCAGGACUGCCGCAUUUGCGCCUUUCUGCCGCGCAAGAAGCGAUUCGGGCAGUGGGCCAAGCAGCUCGUGGUCGUCCGAGACAACAAACUGCAGUGUUACAAGAGCAUCAAGGAGCGCACGCCCCACACGGAACUUCCGCUCAGCCAGUGCAGCGUCCUCUACGUCAACAAGGACGGACGCAAGAAGAAGAGACACGAGCUGCGCUUCUCCAUGCCCGCCGGAGAGGUUCUGGUUCUGGCUGUGCAGAGCAGGGAGCAGGCCCAGCGAUGGAUCAAGGUGGCGCAAGACGUCGGCAGCCAUUGCGGCAACAUGGACGCCCUCAACGCGUCGACUUCUCCUGUCGUCCAGAGGAAGAUGGAACUUGACAAGAUGCUGCAGACGUCGGACUCGGACAGCGGGCCCGCCGCUGGGUCGCAGUCGUCCACGGGUGGACCUGGACCAGGACCGGGACGGGAGGCUGGUGACACACUCAGCCGGGGAAAGCGCGGCAGCACCUUGUCGGACCUAACGGGGUCCAUGAGCCGCGCGGCGGGAAAGACCAUCAAUCAAAUCAUCACCUUCUCCAAACGCAAGCCUUCCGUCGCGGGAGAGCCCGCUCCCUCCGGUCGCCAUGACAACCCUGGCUGCGGUUAUCUGAGCGUAUGCGUGGGAGGAGUUUGGAAGGAGCGCUGGUGCACGGUGCGAGGAGGAAUUCUGAAUCUUCAGAGGGACCCGGGCGACCGGCGGGUCCCCGUCAUGGCCGUCCCCCUGCGGGGGGCCGAGGUGAUGCCCGGGGGCCUCGGCCCCAAGCGUCCCUUCUGCUUCCGCAUCCUGCAGGGAGGGGUGGAGCUAGCGGCCUUGGAGGCCAGCGGCUCGGAGAGUCUCGGCCGCUGGCUGGGCGUCCUGCUGGCUGAGACGGGCAGCGGCGCGUCCCCCGAAGAGCUCCACUACGACUACAUCGACGUGGACACGCUGACGGACAUCCGCCACGCCGCCAGACACUCCUUCCUGUGGGCUGCCGCCAACUCCUCCCUCGGGGGCGGCGCCACGUACGAUGAGGUCUACGAAAGUGUGGCGGAUGAAGAGGACGAGGUGGUCAGCGGCGUCCAAGUGAGACGCCGCGCCUCCUUUUCCAGCCGGGACUCGGAUAGGACAGAGCAGCAGGCUGCCAUCAAGAGACACGCCUCCAACAUCAACCAAUACGGUCGCUAUGGGAAACUGCGCGCCGAGGACGACGCCAGGCGGUACCUGACGGAGCAGGCGGCGUUGGAGAGGCGGAAGGACGACCUGAGACGGGCCCUCAACGCCUUGCGGGCCGAAAGGAAAACCUUGAAGGAGUCGAAGGACAAUCCUGGCGCAGAUGCCGGUGUAGAUCGCUGUCUGGUCCAGUUGGAGGCGCUGUGCAGGCAGAAGGAGGAGGAGCGGGUGGAGCUCGAGCUGAAGCUGACGCAAGUCAAAGAAAACCUCAGCAAGUCGCUGGCCAGGGGCGCCGUGGUGGCCCCGGCCACUAAUGCGUCGCCCACCACCAAGAAGCGCGGCGACGAGGCAAAAAAAGUUUCCAACAAAAACGAUGUCGUCGUUCCCGUCAAUUCGGCUUCGGAACUCCGAAAACGACCGCCCUCUCUCUACGCCUCCUCCAAGGGCAACGUCAUGCAGAAGGCCAAGGAGUGGGAAUCCAAAACGUGCACGUAAACGCACAAGCUGGAGAAACGAGGAUGACACCCAAAGGAACGCGCGGACGUCGUGAGCACGAGCGAGCGGCGGCGGCGACGACAACGGCAGGAUAGGUAAGCAGAGGCCCUGCCCCUCAUCUCGCCUGGAAAUCAUUGAGAAAUAUGAACGUGAACAUGAACAACGACCCAGCCCCACCCCAUCCCCCCCGGCUUCUGAUUGGAUGACUUUUAGCAACUAAAUUAUUAUUAUUUUGUGUAUUAUACUUUUGCACUUUAUGUAAUUGAACUAAAAAAAGACUUCAUCAA